AUGGAAAUGCAGGUCUUAUGUGGUGUCCUUCCAAUUGCCCGUUUAUCUGCAAUACCAUCUUGCGUUUACUUUGCUGCUCAGCUUCUCCCUCUUGAGGAGAUAUUCAAGCUCACUCAUCCAAGCUCACUCGACCCACCAGCAGAGGAUAAACGAACCUGGCGCGAAGGGUUGAAACGUCCUGAUCGAAAACCCAUUCAAUGGACCGCAAUGGACAUUCUCGUUGCUUAUGCGAACAAGAAAUGUUGGUUUACCUCACAAGCAGGAAGACCCGACAUACAUCGAGCAGGUAACGCAAUCCUUAGAGCACUUGCCGAAAACAAAGUUCCGUGGUCAUUUUGGCCACCCGGAACGCCAAUUGAUUUGAUUGAGGCUGUGAUGGACAGCGACGACAAAGGUCUGUGGAUCUGGAAAGACGAAAUCGCUUCCGGCAAUGAGGGGAGCCCUUCCGAGGAAGAUGAAUCAGGUUCAGAAGGAACUGACCAUCCAGAUGAUGCUAGUACUUGUACAUAUCUGGGUGAAACUGAAGAGGAUGGUGGCGCAGAUCUCAAAGAUGCCGUAAUCGGCGAGGAUGAGGAGGAUGAAAUCCACGCAUCGAAGAUCGGUGGUCGCUUCGCUCUCUUGGGUACUGAUGCCGACGAAGAUGGUGACGAAGAUUGA